GAGGGGGAGGUUAGCUGGUCAGCACUCUCAUCCGAUGAUGUUUCCCGGCAAUAACAUCAACUCAAUAAUCAACUUGAAGAUUUUGGAAACUUUGAAUAGACAGCUGCUCUUACCCACUUUUAUAAUCUUCAACUCUUUGUUUCUUUCUGACGGCUGCUCAUUCAUUGCUCCUUACCACCUGUGUAAUUGAUGGCACGCAUUUUUUAUGAGGAAGAAGCAGUGAAUGAAGUGUGGUAAUAAUACCAAUAACAUAGGAGAACAUCGACUGUUUCAUGGGCAACGCAUGCCGUGGAUAUUUCAAAGGAGAAUUAUUUCAGGGCAUUCAGCCCCACGAUCAAUCUACCUCCAAGCGCAACACAAAUUCCUCUGACCGCUCCAAUUCCGAUCAUUCCCCUUCCAGCCUCACCACUGCCAGCAAUUUCUCCAAAGAUAACUCCAAAAGAGAGAACCAUUUACCUGCCAUGAGCCCCACUAAGAAAGAUACCAUUAUGAGACGGAAUCCUGACACCCAGGCUUACUAUGUUCUUGGCCAUAAGACUGCCAACAUUCACGAUCUUUACACACUAGGUCGUAAACUAGGACAAGGACAAUUUGGUACUACCUACCUAUGCACCGAGAUAGCCACGGGCAUUGAGUUUGCUUGCAAAUCCAUCUCCAAGAGGAAAUUGAUCUCUAGAGAGGAUGUGGAUGAUGUUAGAAGGGAGAUUCAGAUAAUGCACCAUUUGGUUGGUCACAAGAACAUUGUGACAAUUAAAGGCGCAUAUGAGGAUCCCUUGUAUGUGCAUAUCGUGAUGGAGCUUUGUGCUGGUGGUGAAUUGUUUGAUAGAAUUAUCCAGAGGGGCCACUACAGUGAGAGGAAAGCAGCUGAGUUGACAAAGAUCAUUGUCGGGGUUGUUGAGGCUUGUCAUUCCCUAGGGGUUAUGCAUAGGGAUUUGAAGCCAGAGAAUUUUUUGUUGGUUAACAAAGACGAUGAUUUCUCUCUCAAAGCCAUUGAUUUUGGACUGUCUGUAUUCCUCAAACCAGGUCAAGUUUUCACUGACGUGGUUGGUAGUCCUUAUUACGUUGCCCCGGAAGUCCUUCUCAAGCAUUAUGGGCCAGAAGCAGAUGUGUGGACAGCAGGGGUGAUUUUGUAUAUAUUGCUUAGUGGUGUACCACCUUUUUGGGCAGAAACACAGCAGGGAAUAUUUGAUGCUGUUUUGAAGGGACAUAUCGACUUUGAUUCAGACCCAUGGCCCCUUAUAUCGGACAGUGCAAAGGACCUUAUAAGGAAGAUGCUAUGCUCUCAGCCUUCACGACGUUUGACUGCUCAUGAAGUGCUAUGUCAUCCUUGGAUUUGUGAAAAUGGAGUUGCUCCUGACAAGGCACUAGAUGCAGCUGUGCUUUCUCGUCUGAAAACAUUCUCUGCGAUGAACAAAUUAAAGAAAAUGGCUUUGCGGGUAAUAGCGGAAAGCCUCUCUGAGGAAGAGAUUGCUGGAUUGAGAGAAAUGUUUAAGGCAAUGGAUACUGAUAACAGUGGUGCAAUCACAUUCGAUGAACUCAAAGCUGGUCUACGAAGAUAUGGCUCACAAAUGAAUGAUACAGAGAUACGAAACCUUAUGGAUGCGGCUGAUGUGGACAACAGUGGGACCAUAGACUAUGGAGAAUUCAUUGCUGCAACCAUCCAUCUUAACAAACUAGAACGUGAGGAACAUCUAAUGGCAGCAUUUCAAUACUUUGACAAGGAUGGAAGUGGAUAUAUUACAAUUGAUGAGCUUCAGGCAGCUUGUCAUGAACAUAACAUGCCUGAUGAAUUACUUGAGGAUAUCAUCAGAGAGGUUGAUCAAGAUAAUGAUGGAAGGAUUGAUUAUGGGGAAUUCGUUGCGAUGAUGCAAAAAGGAAAUGCCGGUAUUGGUAGACGAACUAUCCGAAGCAGUCUGACCAUGACAAUGAUAGAUGCACCAGGUUGUACUGCAAAGCCUUCUGAGUGAGGAUGCUUAGCACGAAAGCCUCAAGAAGCAGUUUUGGACAUCCUGGCCUGGAGGUUUCCCACUUGAUCUGUUGCUGAAAUAUGUGUGUGCAUUUGUCAGUUGUAUGACUUGAGAGUUGGUAAAUGAAUCUUUGGUUGGUAACUUUUAGGUGCUUUAUUUGAAGCUUCCUAUUGAUUUUUGAAGUAAAAGAGAAAAGAAAAAAAUGUUCUGAACUACUGA